CAGAGUUUACCGAAAAAGAUGGCAGGGCUAAAAGCAAUAACCAAAAUAGUCCAGCUAGUAAUAUAUGGCUAAUAGAGAAUAAAGCUUCAGAAACAACAGCGAAAUUUCAAAACAGCUACACGUACCACCUGAAAGAUAAUCGACCAAAUUCUUUUGACGUUCAGUGUCACGUUCCAGGACCGAGGCCACAUGCCCACAUCGCAGCUCCCAGCGGCCAGCUCCCCAACACGCGUUCCAGGACUUAGGCUAAAAAAAUUUUAGAGAAGAAGGAAUGGUAUUUAGAGCUAUGCUUUAGAGCCCCAUUCAACAACGUAAAUAAUUUUCAACUGCUUGUUCGAUAAUUGUUCUUAAAAGACAUUUCAACAGCUCGUUUGAAAAUUGUUCUUAAAAGAAGAUAAGCAUUGUGUUGCUCUUGUUUUUCUUCUCUUCGUAGCAGAUGACAUAGUGCUAUGAACCGAAUUUCAGAGAAAGAGCUCGUAGCAAACACAACAUUCAUAUAUCAUUGGAUUUCUCAAUUGCAGUUUGCUGCUAUAAAUGUAAUGCUUCUAUCUACUUAAAUUAUAACCACAAAAUGAAAUGUAAUUUAACCAACACAUUGUCAAUGUUGAUGACAAGCUGGCUAACUGUUUAUGAGAUAGCUUGGGUCGGCGCGGCAAUGCAGCGCCUAUGUUUCUAGUUUCAAACUAAAGAGAGCCAGGCUGUGGGUGAUCUCACUACAGUGACCUGCAACGCUCCCAUCCCAUUCCCUCCCCCUCCUCCCUUGGACCUUGGUGUUUGCCCGGUUGCCCCUGAUCCGUGCCAUGCCCUUGUACCACAAGCUCCGGCCAUGGCGGUGGGGCCUGGGGCACGAUGUGAUGGUCGCUUGCUUGGUGCUGAAGAAGCUUUGAUUCCAGCUCCAGCUGCCACUCCAGCUCUGAUGCAACUGCAAAGGCUGCAAGCGGCAGCUCUUCUGGCCUGCUGGUCUCCUCCUCCAGCAAGCAAACACUGCACACUGCAGCAUGCCCAGUGCCCCACUAGCUCCGGGCAGCUUGAAAAGAACAAGAGGCUUGCAGGCCUAUGCAGUUAGACUGACCCCAACAAUGCGAGGCAAAAGUAAUUUUGCCUCGCGCUCGCCACUGUGCAUGCCAGAUCCGUCCUCCGACAAACAAAGCAUCAGGCGAUGCAUUUUGCGUUUAGAGGAGAGAGGGGAUGCAAAAAUACAUCCCCUCUCUCCUCGAAUGCAUCCAGCUGGAAGAGGAGGAUGCGGCGGCGGACCAGAGGAGGAGGAGGCCUCCUCGCCCUCCCCCUGUGCUCCUCGCCCUGCGCGGCUUCCGGGAGGAGGCGGCCGGGAGCGCGGCGUCGGUGGAGGCUGGGGAGCUUGGCAGCAGUGGAGGAGGUGGAGGAGCAGGGGCAGGCGAGCUCCACGCGGCGGGCCGGAGCCGCGGCGGCGCGCGCGCAGCGGGGCGGAAUGGCAGCGGCCCUCCUUCCUCCCUGGCCGGCGCCACCCACUCCCUCGCCGGCGCUCCUCCCAUCCUCCUCCUCCCUCCUCUUCCGUGCGCAGAGCCCACUGCUGCAGCCGGUCGUGGAGGAGCUCUUGCUGCGCCACGCCGGCCUCCCGCCGCCAUCGCGCUGCGGACCAGGCCCACCAGCCUUGCCGUCCCGGGGCUCCCGUCUGCGCCCGCCGCGCCGCCGUCGCCGUCGCCGCUACCGGCCGGGAGCCCGUGCUGCCGUCGCCGCCCGUGUCCGCUGACGCCGCAGCGGUGCUGCUCGCGGCUGGCGUGCCUCCCGCGGACCUCUGGGGCGCGGCGGGGAUGUGCCCGGAGCUGCUGUCCGUGCCCGCGGAGACCAUCGGGGUCGCGCUCCGGUUCCUGACGGAAGAGGCGGGCGUCCCGGAGGCCGACCUCCCGCGCGUGCUCCGCCGCCGGCCGCGCCUGCUCGUGUCUCCCGUGCACAGAGCCCACUGCUGCAGCCGGUCGUGCCGCUCGCGCCGGCGGGCGCCCUCCCGCAGGAGCACGUCCCUGACCUCCUCGCCCAGCACCGCGCACUCCAACUCCGCCCGCGAAGCUCCUCCGGUGGGGUGGCGGGAUCCGGAAGGCUAGCGGGCGCGGCACGCUCGGCGUCGAGCUUCGUGGCGGAGGCCUACGCGGAGGGGCGCGCAGCACGGUUCCCCGCAGAGGGGCGCACGGCGGCGAGCUGCCGAGGUGGGCGGCAGGCGGCGGAAGGGCCCGGCGUCGGGGGCGGAGCGACGGGGAAAUGCGCUUGCGCUGUUGGAGACAUCGCGAUUCGAAGAAAACGCAAAACACUAUGUAUGCUAGGCAAUCGUGGAUUUGACUCUACAAAAUGCCUCUCCUUGUUGGAGUCAGUCUUAAUUGCAACCUUUUUGCUUGCACCUGCCACGUGUUUCCUGCCUUUCUUACCCCUAAUCAAGAGUUACUUCCCCAGCUUUUACAGUCCUAAACUAAUGAUGCAGUCUUUCGUACUGUACUACUGUGAGUAAUGUCUGCUCCUGAGGAUAAUCCUGUCCUUUAAAAAUGCUGUUGCUGUGUCUGUCUCUCAGUCUCGCUCCCCCUCA